GACCAGAAGGCGCAAGGCCAAGUCAUGCGUCUGCCACAUGUGCGGCGCCCACCUCAACAGACUCCACUCCUGCCUCUACUGUGUCUUCUUCGCCUGCUUUGCCAAAAAACACAUCCACGAGCACGCCAAGAGCAAAAGGCACAACUUGGGUACGGCACACGAGCAAUUCAAGGCCCCCCGAGUGUCCUCUACACUACAGCAACAGCCAAAUACAUGACCUCAAGGGCGUUUGUGUAUGUGCUUCUAGCCAUUAGUGGACCUAGUGAUGGUUUAGGACUGAGGUCUUUGUUGGUGGAAGCUGCUUUAUGGUGAGCGCCUCCCCCGUCUCACAAUCUUUCCUCCAAAAUGAACUUUUUCCGCGUGGAAAAGCACAAUUAUUAUUCCAGGCCAGAGAAGCGAAUGUAAAACCUCUGGUAGGUGAUAUCGCUAAUUUGCAUGGCGUCUGUGCAGCGCUCCUCCUUUUUUUUUUUUUUUUUUAAAGACGCCGGAGAAGCCGUCUAUUUUCAGAGGCGCGUAUCAACCGCACAGCGUUCCCCACAACCGCUCGCAUGAAGGUCGCUCUGUUCCGAGUGGGGAAACGCGCAAGCAGCUUCUCCUUUUGAAUUAAAUAUUUGCAUCAAACAGACACAAUCUGGAUGGCACCAGAUUUGAACAAAGACGUGGGUGUUUGCUGAACACCAAGAACAGUUGGCUGCUUUCCCCGAUCCCUGCUACUCCCACAGGGACACAUGGCUCGUGAUAAUCACAACACCGCUCGAAAGUCUCCGCUCCCUCGCAGGGGGAGGCGCUGAAUAAUACCUGAACUCGCUCCGUUGAAGCAGCUGCAUCAAAGUCUCCUGGAGCUUGUGUGAGGGAUGACACUCGUACAUGGAUGGCGGACAGAUUAGAGGUUGAAGUGUGUUUAUUCGGUGACAGCAUCCACAUUUAUUUGCACAUUUGUGUGUGUGUGUGUGUGUAAGAGUCCAGAGUCCACCUCUGCUUUAAAAUUCCUCACCUGAGGAUCUGAAUCCGCCGAAUCAGGGGCCGCCUCCUUUCUCGUGUCGUGUUCUGAGGAUAAUUUUACUCGGGAAGGUCCUCCUGUGCGAGCGCGCCUCCCAUGGAGUGUAACCGCCAGUUUAAUUAGGUUGGCAGCUAAAUUAAAUGCUGCGAAGCACAGGAAACAAAGUAGAGCAAGACACACUCCGAUACGGCAGCAAGGGAGGAGCGCAGCGCAGCUCUCGGCUGACUGGCGAGGAGGUAAUUAAGUCGUCUUUAACAAACCCCUGUGGAAUUAGCCCCCAUUAAAUCGCGGCCCCUCCUUCCUCUCCUGCCUCUCCUCCUCUUUUGUUUUUUUCCCUCCCCUUCAUCCCAUGCAAUGCCUUAUCUGCCGUAUUCCGUUGUGCAGCCUCGGAUUGCGCUCGUCUCUGUAUAUCCUCUUGUUCCCAUGGUUACCUGAUGACCCCUUAGAUGUUCAUAGUUGUUCGACUUAAUCUAAAUGUACUAAAAGCUCAGUUUCUCAUCCUAUCGCGAGUGUGUGUGUGUGUGUGUGUGUGUGUGUGUGUGUGUGUGUGUGUGUGUGUGUGUGUGUGUGUGUGUGUGUGUGUGUGUGUGUUACAUAGGCACCUCCCUCCUCCUCACCUUUUGACUCCUCACUGCUCUUCUUCAUCCUUCCUGGAUGGAGCAGAUAAUACCCUGCUACCUGGCAUCUCGGCUCCAUGGCAACAAAACCCGAAUAGACCUGGAGAGAAUAAAGCAGUUAGCAGUUCACACAGCUACACUAUUGACCUGCUUUAUGGGGGAAUUUACUGUUUUAUGUGCCAAGACUACGUCUAUGACAAAGACAUGGAACAGAUUGCCAAAGAGGAACAAAGAAAAGCCUGGAAAAUGCAAGGUAUAGGGGAGAAGUACUCCACGUGGGAGCCCACCAAGCGAGAGCUGGAGUUGCUCCGACACAACCCCAAGAGGAGGAGGAUCACCUCCAACUGCACUAUCGGUCUGCGCGGCCUGAUAAACCUGGGCAACACGUGCUUCAUGAACUGCAUCGUGCAGGCGCUGACGCACACGCCGCUGCUGCGCGACUUCUUCCUGUCCGACCGGCACAAGUGCGAGAUGCAGAGCAACUCCUGCCUGGUGUGUGAGAUGUCGCAGCUGUUCCAGGAGUUCUACUCAGGCCAUCGCUCGCCUCACAUCCCGUUCCGCCUCCUCCACCUGGUGUGGACGCAUGCCCGUCACCUGGCCGGGUACGAGCAGCAGGACGCACACGAGUUCCUCAUUGCAGCGCUGGAUGUUCUGCACAGACACUGCAAAGAUGACAACGGCAAGAAAGCCAACAACCCCAAUCACUGUAACUGCAUCAUCGACCAGAUCUUCACAGGAGGCCUGCAGUCUGAUGUCACCUGUCAAGUGUGCCAUGGAGUUUCAACAACCAUAGACCCGUUCUGGGACAUCAGUCUGGACCUGCCGGGCUCCUCGACACCGUUCUGGCCCCUGAGUCCCGGAGGAGACGGAUCAGCACUGAACGGAGAAAGUCACACCAGUGGAGCGACAACGCUUACAGAUUGUCUGCGCAGGUUCACCAGACCGGAGCACCUGGGAAGCAGUGCAAAGAUUAAGUGCAGCGGUUGCCAUAGUUACCAGGAGUCCACAAAGCAGCUGACCAUGAAGAAGCUGCCCAUCGUGGCCUGUUUUCACCUCAAAAGGUUUGAGCACUCGGCCAAACUACGACGGAAGAUCACGACGUACGUCUCUUUCCCUCUGGAGCUGGAUAUGACGCCUUUCAUGGCCUCUAGUAAAGAAAGCAGGAUGAACGGGCAGUACCAGCAGACUGUGGACCCCUUCAAUAAUGACAACAAAUAUAGUCUUUUUGCUGUGGUGAACCACCAGGGGACGCUAGAGAGCGGACACUACACCACCUUCAUACGGCAGCACAAGGACCAGUGGUUCAAAUGCGACGAUGCCAUCAUCACCAAGGCAACCAUCAAGGACGUGCUGGAUAGCGAAGGGUACCUUUUGUUUUACCACAAACAGUUCCUGGAGUACGAAUAGACGACUCCACCCGUUCCGCCUGCAGGAGGAGAUGAGGAAGACUUUGGCACCUGUUCCCAAAUAAGUGACUAGAGCGGGAAGCAAACGGAGCUCCUCUUCCCUGUGCCACUAUUAAGUUGCAGUUUCUAGCGCGGAGCCAUUGUUACAGUACGUACACGUGAAGUUGUUCCGUGUGACUUUGGGGAAUGAGCCGUCUGCUUUCAGGAGCCAAACAAGAUGCAGGAAAUUGGAGGGGGGACGCGUUCGGGGUGCGGCACGAGUAGACGUUGCACUGAAAUUCAGGAGCUAAAGACAAAACAACUGUGACAGGUGUUGAAAGAAAGACGUUUCUGCAAACUCCAUCUGUAACCAAAUAGUGGUAUAUCCCCUAUUUUUUCCCCCUUUUAGACGCGGACAGGGACAGAAUUAGUUUGUAUUUCGCCUCGGGAACGUUUACUUGAUCACAAAUGCUGUUCACCAACAUCUGCUCCACGCCUGCACAGAUGCAUUUACCCAACAGCCGCGCGCACUUGAGAAGCGGAGCCGCAAACUUCCCCUGUUUUACCCACAAACAUGAACGCUCAUCUUUCUAGACACAAGCGCACCGGUCCAAAACGCCCACUUUCUUCUAAAUGACCAAAUAUCGCGAGGAUGGAAAUAUUCCUAAUGCAUUUUUUUUCUAAAUACGGAGUGGGAAAAACUCGGCGGUGUUAUGAACAUUGUAUCGAUGCUGGUGAAUCCACAAAUUACUCAUGAGUUUGCAGCUGUCAGUCAGACCUUCUGAGGACUCUUUUCUUUUUGCCCGCUCUGCUUCAGGGCUGGCUACAGAUCACACAGUACAUGAAUAUUAUAUUUUUAUAAUAACGGAACAACGCUAUUGGUUUCAUGUUACAUGAUCAGUCUGUGAAUCAUUUUUCCCCAUCAACCGUGUAUUGAUCAUUAAUUUGUACGCAAAUGCAAAAUAGUACAAAUACAAAGUUCUUUUGGGUCGGGGGACGUUUCAGAAGGAAACGUUUAAUGUCAAGUUAUGUUAUUGUUGUUGUGCUAUUUCAGGUAAAUGGCCAAAAAAAAAGGAAACGAAACAAAAAAGAUGGAUGUUAUUCUCGAUGAAAAGUAUAUAUAAGAAGUGAGAAGCUCAGUCCUGUAGUGUUGACCGUCGGCAGCAUGUCGCUUUAUUUCUGUGUGUGUGUGUGAGACCCAAAGGUGGGAGGGAGGGGAAAAAAACUGUUUGUGUUUCUGUUUGUAUGCACGUGUGCGUGCGUAUGUGCCGCGUGUCCGUGUACUGAAUCAGUACUUGCAUUCAGCAUGCUGUCUGAGCUAAGCAUCACGUUUUGAUAGGAUCUUUUUUUUUUCUCCCACAUGGUGAUAUUGUAUGUGAAGAGUAUAUAUAUAUGUACAGUUUAUUUACAGAUCCGCCUCAGUUUGUUUGUUCUUCUGCGUCGCGGGAUCUGGGCCUCGGAAACUCGAUCGGUCAUUCCUCUCAUAGAACUGCUGCAGCAACUGGACACAGUGAUUAAAACACUCAAAUAAAGACAAAUCUAUAUCUGUAA